GCCGCUUGAAAGCCGGCGGUCUAUCUUGUACGACCAUGGCUCCCCGAACACCGAAACAGUCUACCUCACAAUCUCACCUAAAUACUCGUCGCUCGUCUCGCAUCAAUAACCGCCAACUACCCAGUGGCACCAGUAGUAGUAGUAGUGGUGGUGGCAACAAGAAGCGAGAAUUCCCAAACGGUGAAAUCCCCCAGCCUAAACGUCGCAAGCUCCAAAAUAAGGCAGAAUUAUCUACGAAAUGUCCUUCAGAUGACGCCGCGGCUUCCGACGGGGCUGUACCACGAAGGUCACAACGGAUUACCCCAUCCGACCUCAUCAAGCGAGAACAAGCGUUAUUCAAGAAGGAACAAGCUUAUAAACAACAGAUACAGGACUUGGAAGCACGCAACUCCAAAUUAACGUCUAAAAUGGACGAGGCAACAUUACAGCUAUCACGCGUACGACAGAGUGAAGCAGAGGCAGCCUUAGCUCAGUUGGAGGAACAUUUUACCUGCCCAUUAUGUUACGAAAUCAUAGCUCACCCUUAUUCCUUGAACCCCGGCCAGUGUGGACACACCUUCUGUGCUUUGUGCAUACUUAAAUGGUUCUUUUCUCGACUUCAUAGACAGUGUGGAGGCUGGCAUGAAUCCGUUGACUGUCCUAUAUGUCGCAGUCUUCUUGUGAUCACCCCAGAUCGUACCCCUCGGCUCGACGUCACGUUUCCGUUCGUACCCAAUAGAACCGCCGCCGCGAUCUGCGAAUCUCUGAUAGAUAAGCUGGCCCAGUUUUCCUCUGGAUGUACCAUGAACGUGAAGCGCGAAGACAGCGAGGGCGUUUGGGGAUCGGAAUGGAAUAUCGAAUGUAGUCGUAAAAGAGGUGAAUCGAAGAAAGAAGAGGAUUUGAAGGAUGACUCGAACUUACCGCUCUGGAAGCACGGUGGAAUGCUCAGAUCGGAGUGGAUGAAGAAGGAUAGGGAGGGCAAAAAGGAAAUGGGUUAUUUACUCCAACAUUGGACUGAGAUGCAAGCUGCUGACUUUAUCGCCUUGAAGUCGAAACUAGCAGUCUGAUGCUCCUGCAAUUAUCCAUUUCCGCCGUCUUCACCCAUGCCAGUUGCGUCUUUCGGGGCUUUUGUCUCAUUAUGUACUUUUAAUUUCUCGCGCCCUUCGCAUUGGAACUUUAUACGACC